GAGGGAGAAGCACGAAUGCUGGCGCGUGCGUGGUACGCCUUGGUGGGCGUCUCCAGUAAAUGACCGGAGGAUCCCGGCAAGUAACAUGACGAAAAAGAAGCGGGAGAAUGUGGGCGUCGCGCUGGAGAUUGAUGGGCUAGAGGAGAAGCUGUCCCAGUGUCGCCGCGAUCUGGAGACCGUGACCACCAGGCUCGAGAGAGCCGAGCUGAGCCCAGAGGCCAGGAGGUCUCUGGAGAAGGAGAAAAGCAGCCUGAUGAGCAAAGCCUCCAGCUAUGAGAAGGAGCUGAGGCUGCUUCGGCAAGAAAACCGGAAGAACAUGCUGCUCUCGAUGGCCAUCUUCGUCCUCCUUGCCCUCGUCUACGCCUACUGGCCCCUGUGAGUUUGGGAGUCCCCACAGGCGGCCCCAACUCCCCUCAGCCACUUGGCCAUGCCCAUCGGCCCCCAGAGGACCUAGGUGCCAGGGCUCGCACCGUGCACGGCUUCCCAUUGGUGCCACUCUCCUGCUGCUCCAGCCUGCUGUAGGGCCCGGCCCUAUAGGACACAAUGCUGCUCCGCCCUUAGCCCAAGGGAGAGGUAAUAAAGAAUAGAGGACGCUCCCGUC